AAAAAACCUUUUAUGUAAAACCUCUACAUAGUUUAAAUAUUGAAAAGUAAAUGAAUAAUGACACUGACGCAUUUACGUAAAGAGAUGUCAUUCGGACAUUUUAUUUGUUUAUUUUCACGAUGAGUUUCGCAUUUUUUUCAUACACGUAGUGAAAAAUUGAGAAAAUGUUGCAAAUGUGCCAGUAAAAUAGUAUUUUAGCAAUCGAGGGCCCAGAGAUGACGUUGUAAAAUGUCCUUAACAAAAUUAAUUAAAGCUCCUAUAAAAUUAUUUAAGAAAGAAGUCAUCACCUUUCUUAUCAUUCGACGUCACGAUUUGGGCAGUCUCGAGGACAAACUACGCUACAUAUCCGUGAAGCCCACAGCCUCAGUUUCGGUGCUUCGCCAGAAAGUAUGGCACUUACUAGACUUGCCGGACUAUUGCGAGGAGGCGAUCGUGCUAAAGGCGGAUGAGACUAAGGAAAUACCUCUCACGGAGUUGCGCAAAGGCAACGACCCUCAACACCCAUACAUAUUGGAAGUAUGGUUGCCCGGAACAGCAUUGCAAUCAACAACAUCAAUGCGUAAUAACAUGCUGACAAUGGGCACUGGCGAGAGCUUUACCAGCGACUUGACCGAGGGUACUUGCGACAAACAAGACACCUCUGGAAACGGUGCUGCUAAUGCUACUUCCGCAAUAUCUAAAGAGACGGUCGCGUUGAAUGGCCUAAGAUUUCCAGACAACAAGUGCAUGAAUUUGUUACACUCUGAUUACAAGAAAUCUGAGAUAUCUUGCCGUAUCUCUAGCACUACCUUGUUCAAAUUGAACAGCAGGAAGAAUCGAGAUAGCUUCACGAAUAUUCUCCUGAAAAUCCAAAGCGAUUUAUGUACUUUGAGCAACAAAUUGUCCAAUUUGGAAAACAGAAUCCCAAUGUGAAUAUGUAUUUUUGUCAACUUGCAAGUUUCAAUAAAAGGAAUUUA